CAACUUAGAACGAACACAUUUUGGGAGCCAUGUUCAUCGGCAUUGUGGGUCCAUCAUGUAGUGGGAAGCAUGAAGUCAUGGACUUGCUCACUAGAGUAUAUGACUUCAAAAAAUUAUACCUUAAGUCAGCUGUCUCCAACAGAGCGUUGCACACCGGGCAGGGCUCAAAUACCGCCCGAAUCCAAGACCCAAUGUCACAGAGUGCAGAAUUCGAUACCAUCGAAGCCAUGCUGAGCUUUGUCACGCUCAAUUGGAUGAAUCAUUAUGUUACAUGUGAUGUCAAUACUGUCCACGGGAUUUCUAUACUUUGCAAACGGCCUUUCUUUUUAUUAUUGUCAGUGGAGAGUCCAAUGAUGAUGCGGUACCGUCGGUGUGUGGCACGGUGUCAAAGGCAAGAUCUUCCAAUACCAUCAUUGGAGCAGUUUGUUGAAAUGAGCGACAAUUCGUUGUACACAAUCUCUAAGAGCCUCACAGCACCAACGCCAGUAUCGGACUCCUCAGUACAAUUUCCUGAUCUAGAGUCAGACGAAGGUUUGGACCUGAUGGCUAAUGAUAAUACCAGUAUAGUCACCUCUUUAUUAGACCAAGAUCAGAAUCUGUCAACUACUUCCUACCCAUCGGAGUCACCCUCACCCAUCUUCAUUUUUAACACUCCAUCCUAUAAACUUCUAUCCAUGUCCGACCUUUCGAUCCUUAACAACCAUUCGGACCUCACAUCGCUCCAGCAAUCACUCGAAGCACUCGAUAUCACCAAUCCAGAUCUACUAAGACCGUCAUGGGACUCGUAUUUCAUGUAUUUAGCGAAUUUGGCAGCACGUCGGUCCAACUGCAUGAAGCGCCGAGUCGGAUGUGUUCUUGUUCGGGACAAGCGUGUAAUAGCCACGGGAUACAACGGAACACCCAAAAAUUUGAAGAAUUGCAAUGAUGGGGGCUGCUCGAGGUGUAAUCAAGCGACGCCUUGUGGGCGAGGGUUAGAUCGGUGCCUUUGUAUGCAUGCUGAGGAGAAUGCAUUAUUGGAAGCCGGAAGAGAGCGAAUUGGGACUGGUAGCACGAUCUAUUGCAACACUUGCCCUUGUCUUGGUUGUGCAAUCAAGAUUGUACAAGUCGGUAUUAGCCAAGUAGUCUAUUCUGAAUCAUAUGGGAUGGACGAGUUGACAGCUGAAGUAUUUCGGAAAGCAGGUAUUGACCUUCGACAGCAUGCAACGCCAGGGAUCAAGUUAGACCAAUCCAUAGCAAGUUACAAAUAAAAAGUUGCCAACGCAGAUGUAAUU